AUGAAAAUCCCGAGAUCCUCUUCUGAAGCUCAGAAGCUCGCCGACCCCAGCUAUGGUCCUGUUCCAGGACGAAGUCCUCUUUAUAGUACAUAUCGAGGGAAAGAGCCUCUAUUUCCCGGCAACAUCACGGAUCCAAUCUUGCCGACCAGAAGAGGCGAGCCGGGAGUUGAUGAUAUGGUCUGGCAGAAUCUGCUCUCCGCCGAAUGGGCUAUUUUCUCAUUCUACCAACAAGGAGUAGAGGCCUUUGACAAGACAUCUUUCGCCAAGGCUGGCUACCCCAACACCACUUAUGAUCGUAUUCAAGAGAUUCGCGAUAACGAGGCUGAGUCAUUUCUUGUGUUGUCUACUUUCAUCGAGAUCGCCAGCAUGGCUUUUCUUACUGGCCUUGUCCAGAUAGCCAAGCUUCCGGCCUCACAGGUCUUCCCAUACGCCAACCAGAUCCUGGACUUGACAAAUGGCUUCGUCAUCAAAGGGAGCUGCCCCAACGAGAAUCCUGUCUACCCCAACCCACGUCAAGGUCUUCCCUCACUUAACGAUCGCCAGUACUACACGACCUUCUUCUACGGAACGUGGAAUACCACGAUCCCAAUCGACACGAAAGACUGGCCCAAGAAGAAGAUAAUUGAUGUCAAGAUCCCGGAGUCUUUCGAGAGUAGAGGAAUCAUCAUCGCUGUUGUUACUGAUACUAUAGGUGCACCAACGAAGGAUACUGUGCUAGCAAGUCCUGCUAUUAUUCUUCCGCAGCCAGCUGAGCUUGCAGUAGAAGUUGCCCAAAUCAUUUGAGAUGGACAGUCUCUCAAAGCUGUAUCAGUCAAGCUCGCAAUGUACAAUAGAGGUCUUAACUCAAGCAAAUGC